AUGCCGCAAGUGAAAAUUGUGGCGAGGAAUUUUAUGGACAUGGUGGCUUCAUUGCCUGCAUUGAAGCUCGACAAGCUUUAUGAAAAUUCGUUCAUAUGUGAAGCCAUCCUCAGAUCUUUGCCUCCACUGGCAAAGAAAUAUGUGCUUCAGCUGUUGUACCUUGAUGGCCCGUUACCGGCAAAGUCGUUAGAAGAAUGGGUUCUCCCUGAUGGAGUUUCGAAGCACAAAGUUGCAAUAGAUAGAUUGAUUCAGCUUAGGAUCAUAUCUGAAACUGUUGAUCGGAAGAAAGAAGCUACUUACUUAAUGACUCCAACAUUUCAGCGUAAUCUACAGAAACACAUUGUGCAUGGUGGAGUUUUACCAAGAGAGCCAAUGCCUUCGAACAUCACUGUGAGGCUUCCUAGCUUGGAAGAUUUAGAUGCCUACGCUCUUAAGCAAUGGGAGUCUUUCUUGCUGCACCUUAUAAACUCCGCUGAAUCCGAAACGUCAACAAACAUAAGUUCUUCCAUGAUGAAGAUAUUCCAGCGUGGUCUUCUGAGUCAGAAAGAUGAUAGAGAACCUCCGAAAUUGACAGCAAGUGGCUUCCAGUUUCUGUUGAUGGAUACGAAUGCACAGCUUUGGUACAUAGUCAGAGAAUAUAUAAGUAACUGUGAGGAUCAUGGUGUAGAUACGGCUGACCUUAUAUCAUUUCUGCUGGAGCUCAGCUUUCAUGUUACGGGCAAGGCAUAUAACUUGAACACUUUAAAUGAUAUUCAGAGGAGUAUAAUAAAGGAUCUUGCUGACUUGGGAUUGGUCAAGCUUCAGCAGGGCAGGAAAGAGAGUUGGUUCAUUCCUACUAAAUUAGCCACCAAUUUAUCUAUUAGUUUAGCCGAUACAUCAUCGAGAAAACAGGGAUUUGUGGUCGUGGAAACUAAUUUCCGAAUGUAUGCAUAUUCCACGUCUAAAUUGCACUGUGAGAUCUUGCGCCUCUUUUCAAAGAUCGAGUACCAACUUCCGAAUCUCAUUGUUGGUGCAAUUACUAAAGAGAGCUUGUAUAAAGCAUUACUAAACGGCAUUACUGCCGAUCAGAUAGUGUCUUUUCUUCAGCAGAAUGCUCAUCCUCGAGUGGCCGAGAGAACACCUUCUGUACCUGAAAAUGUUACGGAUCAGAUUAGAUUGUGGGAAGCAGAUUUGAACAGAGUGGAGAUUACUCCCGCUCAUUACUAUGACGAGUUUCCAUCUCGGGAUGUUUUUGAGGCUGCCUGUAACUUUGCUCGGGAGUAUGGUGGCUUGUUAUGGGAGAAUUCAAAGAAAAUGCGCAUUGUGGUGAAAGCAGAGAUUUUCUCGCAGAUGAAAGAGUUCCUUCGUAGCCAAAGGCAAUAG